GUAAGGAACUUUGAUACUGAGGAAGGAAAGCAGAACAUAUGACAAAGUCAUCACUAGAUGUCAGGAAAAUGACGUAAAACUUUCGUGAUGACAAUCAAUGAGGAGAUUCCGCCCUUUCCAGUCCUCGCUGUGUUUCCCCUCUGGUACUUAGCUCUGAGAUCCUGAUUUGCAACAGGACAAGUGCAAAAGCCAAGUAAUUAGGGUGAUAGCAAACAUCACAUAACAGGUCGUUGGGCAGCAGGUCAGUGAAAGCGGCUUUGAUUGGUUCAUUGGUGAUCUAUUGUUAAUCAUAUGCAUGAGUUCUUGGGCUUAUCCGCUUCACGGUUUCAACGUCUUGUCCAAGACGUUUUUGCUGAUUAAAAAUACAAAUUAAAGUAACGAAAUGUUGACAUUAUUACAGAAAAUACAAUUAUUAUGAGAAUGAUAAUGGUUUAAUGUUAAAGAGAGACAAAUACGCAAAAAGGAUGAGGGCUGAUUGCAAACUAGUGGCAUUUCUAGCCUGUGUUAUUGUGGCAGCCCAUACAGAUGCAAGUAACUUAGCAACAGAACAAAGGACAGUGAAACUAGCACAAGGGUAUCAACAUACAGCCAGGCCUCGAAGGACAGAGAUUAACCCAGAAAAUGUGACAGUCUCAAGAUUCAGUAAAAAAACACUUAUAGAUAUAACGGGAUCUGAAUUCCCAGAAACAAACUAUCAACAGCCGGAAUUCUUUUUUGAUACUAUGCACGACUUUGGUGAUUAUGACAAUGAAGAAAUCUUGAAACAAAGUGAAGGAAGGCUAGAUGGCGACACCACAACUUCUGGCAACAGUAGAAGUGACUUGGCAGAUAGCAAGCAAAAUGAAUUAUCAAGCUUCGCAUCCAUUACGCAGGAGAAUUUUGAUAAUGAUCAGCUAGAGGCUAUCGACCAAGCAAAUGAACAAGCAAUGGAAAACCGCGGGAAUGACGAGGAGACGUAUCGUUAUGAUGAUGAUGUUAACUCUUUUUAUCCAACAACACCAGCAAAUGCAGGAGCUGGUUUAAUUUUUCUACCUGGCCAAGCUGAUAUUGCGAAAAGAGGUUGGAAAGUCAUUGCAAUGAAAAGAUUUAGUGGAAGCAGUGGAACUUGGACUAUUAAGCUCCAAGUAUGGGAUUGGAGGCGAUAUGUGACAGGAUUCAAAUACGAAUCUGUAGAGUGGGGAAGCGUUGGCGUUCUGGUCGAUGGAACGAUAUCAAAACACAUGUGGAUGGUGCAAAGAAUGGUGUAUAAUAUCUUAUUGAUGUUUCGCAAGGGGUCAAUGUUGAGUGUGGCAUCUUUUGGAGCCAGCGUCAAAAUGGCGACAGAAUUCAAAGCAUUUUCAGCUGCCGCAGAAAUAAAAACUGUUUGUCAAGGAAUUGCAUCAGUAGAAGGCAGAAAGAUCGGAGAAGCAUUAGAGACAUACUACAAAAACUUCCAGGGUGUAAAGACACAAAAACCAAAAUAUAAAAUGGCAAUGUUCCUUAUCGUGAAAGGAGCCACAAUUGGCAACGUUGAUCUUUUAAAAAAAUACGGCGAAAUGUACAAGAAACUUGGCGUUACAAUUUACGUCAUUGGCAUUGGGAGCAAUAUAAAUAUGGAACAGAUGCAAAUGGUUACAGAAAUGGGGAUGAUCUACCAGGCGAAAAACUACGCUGCUGUCAUGACAGGAGCAGGUUUGACAGUUGGAGGGUCUGCAGCUGGAAAAUCCUUGCUUCUAGGAUUGCAAGGAGCUUGUGGUUCAUAUUUUGGAGCGAGAGCUGGAAUUGCUGCUGGUGGCGGCGGCAGUGGUGGAGCUGGCGGUGGUGCAGGCGGUAGUGGCGGCGGAGGCGCUGGUUCAGGCGGUAAGGCAAAAGCUGGUGCCUCUGGAUCUGGUGGUGCAGAAGGAGGUUGGUGGACAUCUUCUUGGACAUGGACAAGUCAUAUUUCUGGAAUUCAGUAUGGAAGUAUCAAAAAAGCAAACAUUGGUUUUGUAAUUGAUGGAUCUAAUGCUGACAUGAUAACUUUCUUGCAAAGAUUCGUUUUCAACAUGAUCAUGAUGUUCCAACAACAAGGUUCUUAUGUUACUAUUAUGGUUUAUGGAAGGGACCAAUAUCGGUUGGCACAUUGGAAAUCAUUUUCAGAUGCUGGUCAAGUUCAGCAAACCUGCACAUCAAUUCCAUAUGUGGAGACUUCAAUCAGAAAUACAGCAAAAGCAUUGACAGAAAUAAAGACUUUGUUCACACAACAAAAAUCAGCAAAAGCUGAAAAUGCAAACGUUCUGUUUCUGCUGAUGACUGGCAGUUCGACAGACAAAUCAGGAUUGACAGCCAUUGGUGGACAACUGAAGAGCCUUGGAAUUAAAGUUGUGGGUAUUGGAGCUGGGGCACAGGCAGCAGGAGUAAAAGCUGAACUUGGCAUGGUUGCCACUAGUGAGCAGUACGUUCGUGCUGGAGCACUGAGUGCAAUUGUGGGUGGUAGCAGCUUUAGUGGUCUGGUUAAAGGUCUCAUAGCAGAUAUUGGACAAGGAAGUUCCGUGAAUGUUGAUUCUGGAAGCUCCAGUAUGAUUUCAGUACAGAAAGAAUGGAACUGGGCAGCUAAAUUCAAGCAACUGAAAUAUGGCUUCCUAGCAAGAGCCAACGUAGGCAUUCUAGUUGAAUCAGUGGCACUCAUUAACUUCGGUUUUGUUCGACGGCUUGUUUACAACAUCGCUAGAAUGUUUGCACUCUCUGGCAGCUACUUUUCCGUCAUUUCAUACGGCACAAGCAUGUACAGAGUAUGCAAUUUCGUACAGUUCAAGAGUGCGGGUGAAAUACAGGCAAUGGCGAUGAAGAUACCCAAGGGAUCAUCAGGACAGGCCUUAACAGGCAAAGCAAUGAAAUUCAUGGGAGAGUCAUUCAAAGAGGCACCGCCUGGCAAUCCCAACAUGCUUUUCGUCAUCACUCAAUCUGGUUCCUCCGAUGAUACAGCAGGUCCUGCUGUACAGCUUCGAAAAGACGGGAUCAAAGUUAUAAGCUUUGGAAUGGGAGAAAAAGUUGACGCUAAACAGCUCACCUUGACAGCACACUCUUCCACGCUGGUGUUUAUGGCGAAAAAAGAGGCGCUAGUUACGUCACUUUCCAGUUGUCAGAGCGCCACCGCUAGAGUUUGUGGAACUGUUGCUGGUGGUGCAGAUUUUGGUGCUUCGGGGAAAUCUGGGAUAAAAGAGGGAAUAUUGGCAGCAAGCUAUGCAGACAUUGUUAAAAACUGGGAAUGGAAGACACAAAACGUUGCAUUUGCUUACGGAGCUUGCAAGAAGGCAAAGAUCGCAUUCCUCGUCGACUCUACCAACCUCCACCAUUUUGACGUUCUCCAGAAGCAGGUAUACAACAUGUACAGACUGUUUGAGGCUGGAACGUCAGUUUCGAUAGUAACAUACGGUGGAUCGACCGAUGAGUCUUUGAUAUCGUUCCGCAGCUAUCAAGACCUUACAGUUUUGCAGAUGGCUUGCCAGUCUAUGGGUUAUCAAGGGACGAAAGGCAGGAAAACAGGUGCUGCUCUAACCAAAAUGGCCAGUGUCUUUGGAGGAGCAUCUGGAGGUGUUAAGCAGUUGUUAUUCCUCCUCAUCACCGGAAAAUCUGAUGAUGACGUCGUUGGGCCGGCAAGGAACUUAGUCCAGAAAGGAGUGUCAAUUUUUGCCAUCGGUAUUGGUAGCAGUGUUGAUUCAAACGAACUAAAAACCAUUUCUAGGUACUACCUAACAACAAAAUGGCGGGGUUUGGUGACGUCGUUGGUCAAAAUUCAAAACACAGUGAUAAAAGUUAAUGGCAAAGGUGCUUCAGCAGAGGUUGAUACUGGUGUGCAACCAGACACCCCGACAGGAAGCGAGGGUAGAGUUGCUACGCUCCCGCCACCUUCAUUUGGUUAUACGUCCUGUUCCGCAACGCAGCCAGUCGGUUCCUUAUCCACCAAAUGGGAUUGGUCCGCAAUGAUAUCUGGAAUAAAAGCUGGUUCCAUAAAGCCAGCAAACGUGAUUAUGCUGAUCGAUAUUUCACAGGAAGUUAACUUCGAAGCACAAAUCCGGUUCUGUUUCAACGUGCUGAGAUUGUUCCAGCUCUCCGGUAGCAGUUUCUCGGUUAUAACAUACGGCUCCAGUGCGAAUGCUAUUGCAGCCGCUAAGACCAUAUCAAGUGAAGGAGAUCUGAAAGCAAUGCUUGCAGCUAUCAAAGCAAAGCAAGAAAAGACUGUAAACUGCGGUCAGGCUCUGAAGACGGCUCGCACAAGCUUCUUUGCUAAGCUAAGAAAGAAUAUGAAAACAGCCAUGUUUGUUGUAUCUCGAAUGAAGAGUACGGACGACGUUUAUAAAGCAGUUGAGCAGCUCAAAGGAGCCCAGUUGACCAUUUGUGGAGCUGGUCUCGGUGAUGAUUACAGUCAAGAAGAAUUAUCUGUCAUGUCAUCAAUUGGUCAGCUAGCCUUUUCCGGAAUGAUGUCACAAGCAGCUGGAUUUGUCCUUAGAAUACAGACGAUGAUGUCGUUCAUAAUGAAUGGUGUGCCAAAAGCGGAUACAAUGACCAGAGAAGCAAUAAAGCAAGCAGCAGGCGCUGAUGCCUAUGGUGGUGCAAUGAACACUGUCCAAACUGGAAGUGCACCGUCUGAGGAAGCUGGCAAACCAGGCUGCCCCAACACUGGCUUCUCAGGUGCAUCUGGUGCUGGCGCCGGGGCUGGUGGCAGUGGGGGAGGCACUGGUGGAGGAGGCACUGGUGGAGGAGGUACCGGUGGAGGAAGUUCCGGUGGAGGAGGUACCGGUGGAGGAGGUACCGGUGGAGGAGGUACUGGUGGAGGAGGUACUGGUGGAGGAGGUACCGGUGGAGGAGGUACCGGUGGAGGAGGUACCGGUGGAGGAGGUACUGGUGGAGGAGGUACCGGUGGAGGAGGUACUAGUGGAGGAGGUACUAGUGGAGGGGGUGCAGGUGGUGGUACUGGUGGCGCUGGGGCAGGUGGCGCAGGUGGUGGUGCUGGUGGGGCUGCUGCUGGUGGUGGUGCUGGUGCUGCCGCUGGUGGAGCUGCUGGUGCUGCCGCCGGUGGUGCUGCUGGUGCUGCAGCUGGUGGAGCUGCUGGUGGUGCUGCAGGAGCAGCUGCUGGCGGGGCAGCAGGGAAUGCAGCAGGAGGGGCAGCAGGAGGAGCAGCAGGUGGUGCAGCAGGAGGAGCAGCAGGUGGUGCAGCAGGUGGGGCUGCAGGUGGUGCAGCUGGUGGUGCAGCUGGUGGUGGUGCCUUAGCUGGUGCAGUUGCUAGCAUCUUGAAUGCAGCAGCGGGUGGAGUUGCAGGCUUAGGAACGGGAGCUGGAGGCGGUGCAGGGCUUAUUGCAGCUGGAGGAAGCGCAGAAUUAAAUGCUGCUGCAGGUGAUGCGGGCACAGGAGCAGGUGCAUCAAAUGUUGCUGUUGGAGGUGGGGUUGCUGGGGGCACAGAUGUGGCAGCAAAAGCAGGUGGCGGUGCUACAUCUGGAGCUAUAAGCCAAGCAGGAGGAAGCGUUCCUGGGGGAUCGAAUGGCGGAUGCCCCGCGGGUUGCAAGCCUUGUAACCAAUGCACAAAAAAGCGACGAAGUUAUUUACGAGAUGACGUCAUUUGCCCUGCCUCAUGUGAGCCCUGUCUAGAUAAAACGUGCAGCGAGGCCAAAUCGAAGUCUUCGGUCGAUCCAAUGCUGCUAAAAAUUGACAAUGAUAAGGGAGAGGCAGAGUCAAACGACAUUGACUUAAACGCUAUCCAAACACUGCUAGAGGACUUUUACGGUGAAAACUCGAAUGGAAAACGGACAAUACGACCCAGAUCAUCACACCAGAGAUUGAGAAAAGUGCGCGAAAAAGUAAAGUAGAGCAAAUGUGAUUGCUUUCUUGGUGUGCAGUAAUAUGAUGAAUAUAACACAAGAAUGGAACAUCAAAAUGACGAGCUGGGGAUGACGAAAAAUUUGUUACAAAAGAACAAGCGUCUGUAACUUAAAAAGCAUGUGAAAGCUAAGCAUAUAAGCUUCGUGUCGGAGCAGAGAUGUUUUAUGUCUCCUAGUAUUAUAGGCACUAAUUGAGUCUCAGUCAUUGUAGGGUUUUCACAUUGAGGUGAAAGCCUGAACAAUAUGCAGUUCGUAAUUAACAUUUGCUUAGCUUGUAAUAAACAGAAAGACGUAACAAAAUGGCGGACAAGGCCCAUAGGCCAUCUCGGAGUUCGCGAGGCCAUGAUGGAGUCCUAUUGUCAUAUAGCUACUUCAAAUCACUCAGAUGAGCAAACCAGCGAAUAAUUCGUGGUAGAUAGAUGCUGUUGUCCCAUUUUUUUGCUAUCCGUGAAACUACUUCAGAAUAUAGAAAAAUACUUUUAUACCGAAAAUCAGAAUUAUGUUUAUUAACCUUGAACCUUGUUUGAGCCAAAGAAGAAUUUACAAGUUUGAUAUAGGCCGCAAUUAUAUUUGCUGCGAAUUUUACCAUACUUGAGUCAUGGCUUUGAAAACUCCGAGAUGGUCAAUUUGACCUAAGUUUAAUUGCAGUCAGUUGCUGCAUUCGUCGAGUUUAUUUAUUAUGUAGACAUGAAACGUAAGGAUAAUAUUCUUGGCGAAAGACACUUGUAGUAGAAAUGGUAAAACUCGUAAACUAGAAAUUGCUACACACCCUAGAUAAAGUAAACAGGUUGCCAUUAUCUUUCCGAUGUGGCAUGAGACUUAGCAAUUCAGCACCUAGUUUGUUAAUACUUAUAGAUUACAUUGAAUGAUCAAAGUUGGUUUCCACUUUUGCUGUAAAUAAUAAUUUGGAUAAUUAUAAAGUAACAAGAUUUUUAAUAAUAUAACAAACAAACUCAAAAGAAAA